CAUGCGCAGAAUGAAAACUCGUUCGACGAUAAUAUUCCUUCAUGAAUGAAAAUAUAUUAUCUGUGACCGAAGGAAAUUUAAAUGUAGAAUAGACAAACUUCACGAGGUUAAUUUUACACGUGUGCCAGUUUUUAUUAAACCAAUCAAAAGACAUAAAAAUAAUGCAAGUACAAUAAACAAUUAUUCAAUUUGCAAAAUGGAAUUAAUCUUGGAUUUCCUUGAUGAGGCUAAUGACCACAACAAUCGGCGUUCAUAAAUGCAAAUAAUCAACCAAUUUUCCCGAUAUUAAUCGCAUACAUAUGGUCCGUAACGUGCUUGACGAGAAACAAGUUAAUAUCUGUAUUUAUUAUGGAUGGAAUUAGUAUAAAAGACAAACUAGAAGCUUAUAGACGUCAAAAACGCAAAGCAGAAAUGACGGAAUCCAUUAAAUAUGCGAUAAACAAUGUCUUACCGUGGAAUGGAAAUAAAACCCCUACGGAUUCUACGGUGUUACUAGCGACUAACGACGUUGAGAUUAAAAGUUUACAGGAUGUCGAAGAUGUGGAAAGCAAUUCUUCAGAUGAUAGUACAGACCAAUCUCAGUGUUCUGUACUAACAGCAGUAACGAAUCUCCUCUACUUUCUUCUGUGGGUUACUUUAUAUGUGAUUGCGAUCAAAUAUGAAUUUGGAGCAAUAUAUUUUAUUGUAUCGAUGUUGAUAUUUAUUUGGUUGAAUACUGGUACAAAAAAAAAGAAACCAGGUGAACUUAGUGCAUACUCUGUGUUCAAUCCAGACUGUAAACCUAUAGAAGGAACACUUGAUGCUUCGCAACUUGAAAAAGAAAUACGAUAUGGUAUAGCAAGCAUACACUAACAUAAAACUUUUAAAUUCAUCUUAUUUAUCACAGGCAGAAGUAAUACAUAUUUUGUACUUCUUUUUAUGUACA